UGUAACAAGUGGUUGCAUAGAGGAAGUUUAUAACAUUGGAGCAAACGACAUGUCGUUGAGGUGCGUCUGGUGAUAUUGAGACCAUUUCCGAAGUGAUAAGAGAUUGGUAGCAACAGACAACAGUUACAGAAGGUCUCAGCUCUUGCUCACUCUCACAAAUGGCGACCGUCAUCGACGGCAAAGUCGUUGCACAAACUAUCCGAUCUGAAAUCGCCCAAGAGGUGCGUCUCCUCUCUAACAAAUACGGCAAGGUUCCUGGAUUAGCAGUGGUCAUAGUAGGGAACCGAAAGGAUUCACAAAGCUAUGUCGGAAUGAAGAGAAAAGCCUGCGCUGAAUUGGGAAUCAAAUCCUUCGAUAUCGACCUUCCCGAGCAAGUUUCCCAAGAUGAAGUAAUCAAGCAAGUUCAUGACUUGAAUGCUAACCCCGAUGUUCAUGGUAUAUUGGUUCAGCUUCCGUUGCCUAAGCACAUAAAUGAAGAGAAGGUUCUCACUGAAAUUAGCAUUGAGAAGGAUGUAGAUGGCUUUCACCCUUUGAACAUUGGCAAGCUUGCAAUGAAAGGCAGAGACCCCCUGUUCCUUCCCUGCACCCCCAAGGCAUGUAUUGAACUAUUACAGCGAAGUGGUGUAAGUAUAAAGGGAAAGAAGGCAGUUGUGGUUGGUAGAAGCAACAUAGUUGGAUUACCAGCUUCAUUGCUGCUUUUGAAAGCUGAUGCUACAGUUACUAUUGUCCAUUCACACACAAGUCAAUCAGAGAGUAUCGUACGUGAAGCAGAUAUUGUUAUUGCAGCAGCAGGACAGCCAAUGAUGAUCAAGGGCAGUUGGAUCAAACCUGGAGCUGCUGUCAUUGAUGUUGGCACUAAUGCUGUUGAUGACCCAACAAGGAAGUCUGGUUACAGGCUUGUUGGAGAUGUAGAUUUUCAGGAAGCAUCUAAAGUUGCUGGUUGGAUUACUCCUGUUCCAGGUGGAGUAGGUCCAAUGACAGUCACAAUGUUGCUGAAGAAUACUUUGGAUGGAGCCAAGCGCCACAUUGAGCAAAAUAACUGAUCUUCCUUUAAUUUGAAUAAAGAAAGGUACUUACUUCUAGGUGAAAUUUUUUGGAGAAUUGGUUUUAUCUUCAAUUUGGCUUCUGCUAAGGUCGAUGAAUGUAUUUUAUGAAAUCGCAAGGAUCGGUUAUCAAAAUAGAUAAGUAUGUAAAAUUGGUUCGACCAAUUAAUAGUCUUGUUGCUUAGAUCCCCCUUAAGCAUCUUGAGUAAAAGUCCAAAAUUGUCUUCCCCGCUUUCCCCUCCCCAAAAGAAAAGGAUAGUCGAUGUUGUAUGAUUGGUGAGGUUGAAUAUCAAUCAAAUAAAAAGUACCAAGAAAAUUACUUGUUGCAACUUUCAGGUUGUUAGUAAUAUGUACACUGUGUCGAAAUAGAAAUGUCGAAAAAACAUGUAAUGCCUCUUGUCAUUGGCGGAUCCUCAUACAAAAA